GCGAUUCCAGGCCGUAUCUCCAAGUCACCACCAGCCCGCUUGUGACUCUCGCACGCGGCGCGCGCAUUCGCCUUGGGCCUGAGCCAUCGUCACCCACCCAUGCGCCCGCAGCCUUCUCUCACCUCGUACGCUAUGCAAUGACGACCGGCUCCAGUGUCCGCGCUGGAGUCUCCUCCCGCAGCCAUGGCUCCAAUGAGAGUGCCCCCGAGACGCCCCAAGCACCCAACAAGGCACCAGCAACAGGCGUGCAGGCGGCGGGUAUGCGAGCCGUCGCCGCGAGAAUGGUCGCCUUUUACUUCAGGGCGCCAGUCAAAGCCUUCUUCAGAGGACGCAUCGACUACAUGGGCUAUGCCAGGGCCAUCAACCCGCACGUCAUGGCAGAUGCAAAGUGGUCGUGGAGAAUGACCACGCCGGCGGUGCUCGCCCAUGCCAUACGCACCGAGGGCUGGGGCUUCAUACCCAAGCAGGUCUUGCCGCCUCUCAUGGCAAACACAGGCAUCGGCGCAGUGCUGUACACGGCAUACCUGCACAGUCUGUCGGCCCUCCACGAGCCCUCCUCGUACCAAACAAAGCGCGUGUACCCUCCGCCGCCGCCGUCUGUGACGUUUGCCGCCGGUUUCAUCGGUGGCGGCAUACAGUCGAUAGUCGCCGCCCCAUUCGACGCCCUGCAAACCCGCUUUCGCACUGCCGACAUCCUCGACGGCAAGCAUAAGACCAUGUGGCACUACGCGGGAUACAAGCUACGGUCAAUCGGCCUGCAAGGCAUCUUCGCAGGCUGGACACUGAGCUUUACCAAGGAUGCUUUCGGCUCAGCAGUCUUCUUCUGUACCUUUGAGACCAUCAAGAGCCAGGCUUACCUAGAAUUCGUUUCACGGUAUUACGGCAGCCGAACGCGCGAUACUCUGCUAGAGAGCUCAAUCCCAUAUAUGGAGGAGGACUAUGACGACCGGCCAGUCAUACGACCCCACUACAUGCUGGAGCCCAUCUUCUUGCUUCUAGCAGGCGCUUCUGCAUCCGUCACGUCCCAACUCGUCCAGCACCCCUUGACGGAAAUCCAGGACGUGCACUAUCGCCGUCUCGAGGCUCUAGACUUCCAAGCACAUCUCGACAAGAAGCCUUCCCAUAUCGUAAGACGUUACUACCAUGCAUACGAGGAGACAUUUGCACAGUGUAAGAUGCUGGCCAAACGUGCCGGUGGAUGGAGACACUAUCUUUACCGCGACUUCUUCAUGAGCACAAUUAAGCAAGUGCCAAGCACAGCUGCUGGCCUCAUUGUCUUCGAAAUCGUGCGGCGGAAGUACUCGUUUGAAAACGAGGAAGUCAUGAUCAAUCAUGAGGAUGCACGCAUUCUGUUGACAUGACAAAACGCCCAAUUGUAGUAUUGCGCAUCGUCUUGCAUUAGAUACCCAGGGGCACAUCAUUAUGGAUUGAUAGACUGGUUCAUUCUUCGCACAUGUACAAAACUCAC